AUGAAACUCCUAUCCGCGAUCUCCUUCUUGCUCGCGUUUCCGACCUUUACAACCGCCGAACCCAUCGAUCUCGGCACCGCCUCCUCCUUCGCAGUCAUAGCCGCAACAACAAUAACCAACACCGAAACCGGCCUCAGCGUGCUAACCGGCGACGUCGGUCUCUCCCCCGGCACCUCCAUAACAGGAUUCCCACCCGGUCUCUACACCGGGACAUUACAAAUCGCCAACGGCGUCGCCUUACAAGCGCAAGCAGACGCUCUUACUGCCUACAAUGUCGCCGCUGGCUUGAGCGGUACCGAUCUCAGCGGUCAGGAUCUCGGCGGUCAGAGUUUAGCGCCUGGUGUUUAUAGUUUCAGUUCAUCGGCGCAAUUGACGGGGACGUUGACGCUUGCGGGUGAUGCGAAUGCGGAGUGGGUUUUUCAGAUUGGGAGUACGUUGACGACGGGGAGUAAUGCGAGGGUGGAGGGCGGUGGAUGUAAUGUUGUGUGGGCUGUGGGGAGUUCGGCUACGUUGGGGACGGGGACGCAGUUUAGGGGGGUGGUUUUGGCGAAGAAGAGUGUUACUGCAACUUUUGGGGUGAAUGUGGUGGGGAAAUUGGUUGCGCUGGAGGAGGCGGUCACGUUGGAUGGGAAUGAGGUUGGGGGUGGGGGGUGUGAGGAUGGUGGAGGGGGUGGUGAGACGACGAGUUCGACGAGUUCGACGACUGCCACGACUUCGACAACUUCGACGACUUCGACAAGUUCCACGAGUUCAACCACUUCGACAACUAGUACAUCUGGAGGGGCAACCACUACAAUCUCGUCGACUGCCACAUCAACCACCACAAUAAUUACCACCGUCCCUUCAACAACUUCCUCUAGAACUCGUCCACCAAUUCUUGGGAAUAGUCUGAUAACCGAUGAUACAACAUCGCCUACCACCACUUCCAGCCGAACUCGUCCACCUAUUUUAGGCAAUAGUCUUAUUACCGAUGAAACUUCGUCAAAUACCAUGACCUCAAGCAGAACUCGACCACCGAUUCUGGGGAACAGUUUAAUUACUGAUACCUCUAUGUUGCCAAGUGUUACACCUGGGGUUAAUACGAUUUCUGAUAUAACGGAUACAGGUUCUGUUUCUGGGAAGUCAGGGAGCAGGUCUGGGGUUACUUCGUCAACUGGCUCUUCGUUGGAGAUCACAUCACUUACCAUCGCCUCCAUCAGCGCCCCACGAACGACAUCUUCCAGAGCAGCAAAAACCACAAGACCCUUCCAAUCUCUAACUACAAUCACCGCAACUCACUACACGAUCUUAACUACGAGCUCCUACGAAGUGAACUGCGGUUGUUACAAGACUCAUCUCCAAACGAGUGCAAAUAUAGUUACAACGGUAAUUCCUUGUCCCACGCAGGAUAUCGAUUAUUCAUUCCCAUCCAGGGAAAAGGUGGACAGAGCUUCAGACACUUCCGUCAAAACAGCAUCUCCAGUAAGCGGCGGGGAAGAGGGGUUUCAUGCUCAAAAUGAUGUUUCUCAAACCACCAAAACUGCAGAAAGAUCGGGUCCCAGUAGCUCUAAGACUUCACAUCUAGUCACUGGAGCCGCAAAGCGGACCAGAACUCACGGGAGUCUAGCAGCUAUUUUGGCUGUGAGCAUAGCGGUGUUUGUGCUGGGGCUCUUGUAG